UUUUUGUCAGUGCAGGUGCAGUAUAUAGAAAAACCUAACACAAGUGCGCAACAUUCGUCCUUCUGGAAAUCACUAUCAUCAUAAUACAGCUUUCUCCUCCCAAGUUGCAAGACACAAUCCCCAUACCGAACCCUCGGCGAAUCUCCGAUGGUUUCCUCUACGGUAACCAACUUCCAAUCUGAGACAGUGCCACCGUCCUCGGAGCCCUUGAAUCAAGCGCAACAGUUGCCGCCGCCGUCUGCGGUGGAUGUAGCUUCAAAACUACCGGAAUCAGCCGGUAACAUUAAUAAUGGAGACGCUGCGGCGGCUUCUAUAGAGCAGCAAGCGCUGUCCACUCCAUCGGCGACGACUCCUAAGUGGCCAGGUUGGCCGGGAGAUAACGUCUUCCGUUUGGUAGUGCCGGUUCUGAAAGUCGGCAGCAUAAUUGGGCGUAAGGGCGAGCUCGUGAAGAAGAUGUGUGAAGAAAGCCGAGCUCGCAUUCGCAUCCUCGAAGGCCCUCUUGGAAACGCUGAUCGGAUAGUCCUAAUUUCUGGAAGAGAAGACCCAGAUGCACCACUAUCCCCUGCAAUGGAUGCAACACUGAGAGUAUUUAAACGUGUUUCUGGAUUGUCUUCUGCUGAGGAAAGUGGUACAGGUUCAACAGCAACCACGGCUGCAUUCUGUUCUGUUAAAUUAUUAGUGGCUGCUUCACAAGCUGUUCACUUGAUAGGGAAGCAAGGGUCCACAAUUAAACUAAUACAAGAAAGCUCUGGUGCAUCAGUACGUGUAUUGACUGAAGAUGAAUUGCCGGCAUUUGCCACUUCUGAUGAGAGAAUUGUUGAAAUUCAUGGAGAGGCUCUGAAGGUUCUUAGAGCUUUGGAGGCAGUAUUAGGACAGUUAAGGAAGUUUUUAGUUGAUCACAGUGUUCUACCUAUAUUUGAGAAGACUUACAAUUCAAAUAUCUCUCAGGACCGUGCAGCAGAGCCCUGGACUGAGAAGCCCCAGGCCUCACAUCUACCAGCUUCUGUUCCUGUACUAACAACUCAAGCACUUUCCGAGUUUUCUUUACCUAUAAAGCGGGAUCCUUAUUUACUUGACCAUGAAACCUCUUUGGACACCAAGCACCAACGCUCUUCAGUCUCACUCUUUGGACAAGAUCCUGUACUUCAUGGCUUACGCUCUUCUGUAUCUUUACGAGCUGCUCCUGUAGUUACUCAGAUGACAAAGAUAAUGCAAGUGCCCCUGUCAUAUGCUGAGGACAUUAUUGGUAUUGGUGGAACAAGUAUUGCAUAUAUCCGCCGUACUAGUGGGGCAAUUCUUAGUGUGCAAGAGAGCAGAGGCUUACGAGAUGAGAUUACUAUUGAAAUUAAAGGAACCUCAUCGCAAGUUCAAACUGCUGAACAGCUUAUUCAGGAAUUUAUGAACAAACAUAAAGAACCUGCAUCGAGCAUGUAUGGCAAGGCAGAGACAGGACUUGGCUCAUUCUCACGUUUUCCAGACUAUUCAUCGUCUUCUUAUCAACCUCAGCCACUAGGAGGCUAUGGAUCUUCAAGCCUGGGAGGGUAUGGCGGUUUUAGACAUUGAGUGAGCAUUUUUUUCAUUGGACACUUAACAGAGUUCAUUUCUAGAAUGACGAUGGCUGUAUGUAUUUCUAUAAUUACUUACGAGUAGAAAUGUAUGAUGUCGAAGCUAAUGAAUGCUUAAACAUGAUUUUAGGGUAAAGAUUAGCGUGGAUUAAUGAAUAUUACCUCUUAUUCUCUUUAUUUUA